AUGGAGGACGCUGAGGUCCGUCUAUUCAGGUGCCGCCGUACUUGCUGUGAGAUGUUGGAAGACCGUGGUUAUUUCAUUCCAAUCCAAGAAAAAUUGGAGAUUCUUUCCGAGUUCAAAAGUCGCUACGAAAUGUAUGACAAAAUCCGGUCCAAAAUGUUGUUGGUAGCCUCAAUGAGAAACGAUCCAAACGAUAAGAUCAUUGUUUAUUUUGCCGAUGAGACAAAAAAAACGGGAGUUAAACCGAUAAGAGAAUUGACGGAGAGGAUGGAAGAUCAUGGGAUUCAUCGGGCGAUACUCGUUACCCAAAAUGUAUUAACUCCCUUUGCUAAAGAAGCAAUAAGCGAGGCAGCUCCAAGGAAUAUCAUUGAAAAUUUUAUGGAAACAGAAUUGUUGGUCAAUAUAACAAAGCAUGAAUUGGUGCCCAAGCAUGUGCCGUUAACUGCUGAGGAGAAGAGGAAUUUACUACAAAGAUAUAAAGUCAAGGAGAGUCAGAUUCCGAGGAUUCAAUCUGCAGAUCCCGUCGCUAGGUAUUUUGGUUUGGCCAAAGGGCAAGUUGUAAAAAUUAUUAGACCCAGUGAAACUGCAGGUCGUUACGUCACCUAUCGCAUGUGUUUCUGA